AUGGGCAGGAUUCUUUUUUUAGCUUUUAAUUUGAUUGCGGUCCUGUAUGCGUACGGGGAUGAUAUCUGCUCAAAUGCUGUGGAUGCCAGUGAAAGCUGCCCUCUAUUUAUCGCUAACGGCUUCUGCAACUCGACCCUAUACACGGAGGACCAGAAGAAACAGUUUUGUCUAAAAAGUUGUUUCUGCCAAGAUCCGUCACCCGUUACGUGUGAGGAUCUUGAUAAGAGUUGCGAGUUCUACGCGUCGGGUGGCUACUGUGAAUCCAAUGUCUUAUCGGAUGAUGUCAAAGCACACUACUGCUUGAAGACGUGCUUCAAUUGCACGGCUCCAGGAGGAGUCACCACAACUACCGGAACAACGACCGACGCUCCAUGGAAUCCGGUGACGACAACUGGGACUGGACGGCCCUCUGUGAAUCCAUCAAACACUCCUAUCCCUUACACGGUACCUUGGGAUUUCGCAACCACAACGACAAAUCCUGAUGAUAACACCGAGACGCCGUGUGGGUCAACUAGCGCUACCAACGAGCCCUUCACUGGAACCUACGGGCCCUGGGAUCCAAGCAGCACUGAGAAGCCUUUUACAGCGACGUACGGGCCCUGGGAUCCAAGCAGCACUGAGAAGCCUUUUACAGCGACGUACGGGCCCUGGGAUCCAAGCAGCACUGAGAAGCCCUUCACUGCAACGUACGGGCCCUGGGAUCCAAGCAGCACUGAGAAGCCCUUCACUGCGACGUACGGGCCCUGGGAUCCAAGCAGCACUGAGAAGCCUUUUACAGCGACGUACGGGCCCUGGGAUCCAAGCAGCACUGAGAAGCCUUUUACAGCGACGUACGGGCCCUGGGAUCCAAGCAGCACUGAGAAUCCCGUCACUGGAACAUACGGACCCUGGGAUCCAAGCAGCACUGAGAAGCCCUUCAAAUCCGUCACUGGAACAUACGGACCCUGGGAUCCAAGAGCACUGAGAACCCUCACUGGUACAUACGGACCCUGGGAUCCAAGCAGCACUGAGAAGCCCUUUACGCGACGUACGGGCCCUGGGAUCCAGAGAACCGUCACUGGCAUACGGACCCUGGGACCAAGAGCACUGAGAACCCGUCACUGGUACAUACGGACCCUGGGAUCCACAGCACUGAGACCCGUCACUGGAACCUACGGACCCUGGGAUCCAAGAGCACUGAGAACCCGUCACUGGAACAUACGGACCCUGGGAUCCAGAGCACUGAGAACCCGUCACUGGAACUACGGACCCUGGGAUCCAAGCAGCACUGAGAAGCCCUUCACUGCAACGUACGGGCCCUGGGAUCCAAGCAGCACUGAGAAUCCCGUCACUGGAACCUACGGACCCUGGGAUCCAAGCAGCACUGGACCCGUCACUGGAACAUACGGACCCUGGGAUCCAAGCAGCACUGAGAAUCCCGUCACUGGAACAUACGGACCCUGGGAUCCAAGCAGCACUGAGAAGCCCUUCACUGCAACGUACGGGCCCUGGGAUCCAAGCAGCACUGAGAAGCCCUUCACAGCGACGUACGGGCCCUGGGAUCCAAGCAGUACUGAGAAGCCUUUUACAGCGACGUACGGGCCCUGGGAUCCAAGCAGCACUGAGAAGCCUUUUACAGCGACGUACGGGCCCUGGGAUCCAAGCAGCACUGAGAAGCCUUUUACAGCGACGUACGGGCCCUGGGAUCCAAGCAGCACUGAGAAGCCCUUCACUGGAACAUACGGACCCUGGGAUCCAAGCAGCACUGAGAAUCCCGUCACUGGAACAUACGGACCCUGGGAUCCAAGCAGCACGGCCCAGCCGUUCACCGGUACAUACGGACCUUGGAACCCGAGCAGCAGUGAAAGGCCAUUCACGGCAACUUAUGGACCCUGGGAUCCUAGUUCUACAGGAAAUCCGUUUACUGGAACUUAUGGACCUUGGGACCCGAGUAGCACCCAGAGGCCUUUCACCGGAACCUACGGCCCAUGGGAUCCCAGCAGCACCUGGAACCCCUUCACUGGAACCUAUGGACCCUGGGAUCCUAGCUCUACCGGAAAUCCCUUCACUGGAACGUACGGACCUUGGGAUCGUAGCAGCACCGCGCAGCCCUUCACUGAAACGUAUGGGCCCUGGAACCCGAGCAGUACGGAGAAGCCGAUCACCGGAACCUACGGGCCUUGGAACCCAAGCAGCACCCAAAGGCCGUUCACUGGAACCUAUGGCCCUUGGGGGCCAAGCAGUACGGCCAAACCCUUCACUGGGACGUACGGGCCUUGGAAUCCUAGCAGCACUGCGAGGCCAUUUACUGGAACUUUUGGGCCGAGCAGCCAAACGUGGGACCAACCGACUACCACAAGAUUCCCGGAUCCAGAACCUAAAUCGACUUGGGAAUGGGAUGAACUGACGACAACCACUUACCCUUGGCCGAAGACUACACAGAGGCAGAGAACAGAAUCUCCUUGCACGGUGCCACCGACAACUGCACAGGAACGAACCACGACGACCGCA